AUGACGAAGAUGUCUAAUCUCCCUAAUGAUUUGGCGGAAGAGGUGCUCUCUAGGGUUUCGUUAACAUCUCUGAGAAACGUCCGACUUACUUGUAAAGAUUGGAAUACUUUAUCUAAAGGUGAGAGCUUUGCAAAGAAUCACCUUGGUUAUCAAGCAAUAGUAGCAGCGAAGGAAAAAGAGUUUAUGAUGGUCCUGAUGAUGGAUUUUAGGGUUUAUUUGAUUCGAGUCAACGUUCACAAUGACAUUGAGUCGUGUAUUAAGCCUGAAGGUGAGCUUAUUAGCUUGGGCGAUGAAGUCGAUGUAUCUCAAGUCUUUCACUGCGACGGUUUAUUGCUAUGCAUCACGGAAGAUAACGAAGAUAACGCUAAGGUCGUUCUUUGGAACCCGUAUUGGGGGCAAACACGGUGGAUCGAGUCUACAAAUAAUUUCCACAAAUUGGACAUGUAUACGUAUGCUCUCGGAUACAAGAAGAGCAGCAAAUCAAGCCGCAGCUACAAAAUCUUGAGAUUUAUUGAUUUUUCUCCCACUUGUUCUGAGUUCAAAAUCUACAAUAUCAACUCUGAUUCAUGGAAGGUUCUUGAUGUGUCUCCAGACUGGAAGAUAGAUUCUUAUAUUCGUGGCGUGUCUCUCAAGGGAAAUACAUACUGGAUUGCUAGAGAGAGGCACGGAUACGGCCAUACUUUCUUAGUCUGUUUUGAUUUCACAAGAGAGAGAUUUAGGUCGCGUUUACCUCUGCCGAGUCAGCCGUGUGUUUUAGAUACCGUGAGUCUAUCUAGUGUUAGAGAAGAGCAGCUUGCUGUUUUAUUUCAGUGCUCAAGUACAUUGGAGAUGCAGAUCUGGGUAACAACCAAAAUUGAGCCCAAUGCGGUGUUGUGGAACAGCAAGGUGUUCUUAGCUGUGGAUAUGCACUCACUUAAGUUUCAGUUUCAAGUUAGAGCUUCGAGUUUCUUUAUCGACGAGGAGAAGAGAGUUGUUGUUGUUUUUGAUAAAGAAAAACGUUAUUUAGCGUCCUCUCGCAACAAAGCUUACAUCGUUGGAGUGGAUGGAACCUGGGAACAAGUGGACCUUGGAAUGUCUGUAGACAAAUUUGUUUACCCACUUGUGUGCUCUUAUGUUCCAAGUUUAGUGCAUUUUUGA